UCGGGACCCAAUUGAACUACACGAAGCGAAAGCCAAGCAAGAGUAGGCGCCAACAAGUCGCAAUUUAGCAGCAGCGGUAGCAGCAGGCAGAGCUAGCUGAAAAUGGGCGGCGGCGGAAGAAGAGGAAGGAACUGGAACAAGUCUCGCACACAGAGGAAGCAUUUCAAAGAAAAUAGAGAGAAUGUCUGGAAGCAACCAAAAUUCGAUCCAUCCGCUGAUUCAAACGAUGAUCCCUCUUGGCAACCCUGCGCCACCCAAAACCCUGCCUUCGAUGAGUACUACAAGGAGCAAGGGAUAGUGGCGCCGGAAGAGUGGGACACUUUCAUUGAAGUUCUUCGAAGACAGUUACCUGCUGCUUUUAGGAUAAACUCCAGUAGCCAGUUUUAUUCAGACCUUCGAUUACAAUUAGAAAACGACUUUACGAAAUCUCUCCAGGCUGAGUCCAUUGAUGGGGAUGAAGUGGAGGCUAUCAGACCAUUGCCUUGGUAUCCUGAAAAUCUUGCAUGGCAAUCAAAAUUUUCCCGGAUGCAGCUUAGGAAGAACCAAAAUCUUGAGAGGUUCCAUGAGUUCUUGAAGCUAGAAAAUGAAACUGGAAACAUCAAUCGACAGGAGGCUGUCAGCAUGGUGCCUCCUCUCUUCUUGGAUGUACAUCCAGAUCAUUUUGUACUUGAUAUGUGUGCAGCACCAGGUUCAAAAACUUUCCAAUUGCUUGAGGUCAUAUACAAGUCAAUGAAACCGGGAUUACUACCCAAUGGAAUGGUUAUAGCAAAUGAUCUUGAUGUAAAGAGAUGCAAUCUUCUCAUCCACCAAACAAAAAGAAUGUGUACUGCAAACUUGAUAGUUACGAAUCAUGAAGCUCAGCACUUCCCGGGGUGUCGGUUAAGCAAAAAGGCACGUGACAUAGGAAUAGAAUAUGAAACUAACAGUAGUCAGCUUCUCUUUGACCGUGUCUUAUGUGAUGUUCCCUGCAGUGGGGAUGGUACGCUUCGCAAGGCUCCAGAUAUCUGGAGAAAAUGGAAUGUAGGCUUGGGAAAUGGGCUACAUAGCCUUCAAAUUCAGAUAGCAUUGCGAGGCAUAUCUUUGCUUAAAGUUGGUGGACAGAUGGUUUACUCGACCUGCUCAAUGAAUCCAGUUGAGAAUGAGGCUGUGGUUGCUGAGAUUCUGCGGAAGUGUGGAGGCUCUGUAGAACUAAUUGAUGUUUCUAGUGAGCUUCCAGAACUUGUUCGCCGCCCUGGUCUCAGGAAAUGGAAGGUGCGUGACAAGGGCCUCUGGUUAGCUUCAUACAAAGAUGUCCGCAAAUUCCGCAGAAAUGGGAUUGUUCCCAGCAUGUUUCCUUCAGGUAGAAGUGAUAAUGCCAUAUCUGACAAGGAGGAUGCUGGGCAUGAGAAUGGUGCUAGUAUAGAAUCUGAAGAUGGGUUUAAUUUAGCUGAGGAUUCGGGGACGGGGACCAAUGACUCAGACAUUGAAAUUUCUGAUCUCCCACUAGAGCACUGUAUGAGGAUAGUGCCUCAUGAUCAGAACAGUGGAGCUUUCUUCAUUGCAGUCCUCCACAAACUUUCUCCUUUUCCAGUUCUGGAAAAACCUAGUGAUAUGCAGCAAAAUGUGUUAUGUAAAAACCAUGAACCAGAAGAAAAUUUGACAGAUCAUCUUGUGGAAGAUAUUGAUGGGGUCAAACUUAAUACUGUAGAUGGUGAAGAGGAAAGUUCUUCGGGAGCUGAUUUAAUUGAUAAAGAAACAGAUGUAAGCGCUUUGGAAGUUGAUCCUUGCAAUACUUGUGAAGAACAAGAUUCAGGGGAAACCGAAGUGGCAGUUGGUGGGGAAGCUGAUUCUUUAAAAGCUAGAAGGAAGAGAAAGCUACAAAUUCAAGGCAAAUGGAAAGGGGUUGACCCUGUUCUUUUCUUCAAAGAUGAAGCCAUUAUCAACAGCAUAAAGACAUUCUACGGUAUUGAUGAGUCGUUUCCACUCAAUGGCCACCUAAUAUCAAGAAACAUGGAUAAUAACCAUGUGAAGAGAAUUUACUAUGUUUCAAAAUCAGUCAAGGAUGCUCUGGAGCUGAAUUUCCUUGUUGGGCAACAACUUAAGAUAGCUUCAGUUGGCCUCAAGAUUUUUGAGAGACAAACAUCAAGGGAAGGUACGGCUGCUUCUUGUGCCUUCCGGAUAACCUCUGAAGGGUUGCCAGUGAUUCUCCCAUAUGUCACCAAACAAAUCCUGUGCGUGUCCCAAUUAGACUUCAAGCAUCUUUUGCAAUACAAAUCCAUCAAGUUUGCAAACUUUGUCGAUGCAGAAUUCGGUGAGAAAGCAUCAAAACUAAUGAUGGGAUGCUGCGUAAUAGUUUUGAGAAAAGAUGGCCAAGCCUCAUCAGAUCCGAUAAAAGUAGAUGAAUCAACAAUAGCCAUUGGCUGCUGGAAGGGUAGGGGCAGUUUGACUGUGAUGGUCACUGCAAUUGAUUGCCAGGAACUACUAGGAAGACUUUUUACAUGGCCGGAGACUGAUAAGAGCUCAUCAUCAAAGGAAUUCAAUGGUGAAGCUGAAGUGCUGGGUUUAGAUGGGGACCAACAGGUUAAGGAGAUCGAAACCAUUUAACGGCAACCUGAUUAAGUGAGCCAAUUGCAAAAUUUUGAGUUUACAUUUCUUGUUACUCCAUUUUUUGUUCCAUAGACAACGCUCUCAGGACUUAAGGUGUAUCGUAAGUGUCCAAGGUCGGCAUUUAGCUAUCCAAAGAGUAUGUUGGGCUAUUCUAACGGCCCGACAAUAUUUAUGCCCACUCAAUUGUUCAAAGGCCAUGUUGGGCUAGUGUUUCCUCAUAUAGCAGAGCCUAUUGUGGCUCUCAUCAGUCAUCACAUCCAAUUUUAUUGCUUAGUCACUAAUUCGUUGUUUCAGUCGUGGACAUGUAAAAGCUUUUGGGAGUGGGACUCAUUCGUAAUCGCAGAACAGUACGAUAGAUUUGUAUCCUGAAUUUCUUUUGUAUGAUCACUCGUUGGAUUGUUUCAUACUCCUUUUAA